AUGCCAGAGCUGGUAGAGUGUGUGGAUGCUCAGCCACUAUCUCUGGAACAUCCACGUGUGUCCUGCUCCAACAGAAGCUCUGGUUCCUCACAGGGAUCGAGACGGUUCGACCUCUGUCAUCAGGCAGUGGAGAUGGAGAGGGUUUAUCUCCAGAGAGACACACCCCACUCCAGUGUCAGUGUGAGAGAACUGGGGCCAGUGAGGAGGGCCAAGAGAAGGGAUGUCCAUAAAGCCCUCAGUGAGGGGUCCCUCAAUGUCUUUGCCCUGUUCAGGGAGAGGGCAGGGGAGAUUUGGCAGACCAGCACAUGGGACAUGGAGCAGACCCAGCCUCCCAGCACCCCCACAUCCAGCGAGGAGGAUUUGUGGGACAGCGACUCCAGCUUGUCUCAUGGGGUUGGGGAGGAGGAGAGGGGCAGCUCCCUGAUCCUGACCCCCCAGGCCUCCACCUCACUCUCUGAUCAAGACAAGAGGGCACUAGAGGACGUCUGCCAGAUCCUGACCGCCUGGUUGGAAAAGAGGCUGAACAGGACCUGCAACGACAAUUACAGGGCCAGUGUCAUCAUCCAGAAAGGAUUGGAUUCUGGUGCCAGGGACAGGUUCCCUUACACUCAGUGUCCUUCUUCGUCAGAGGAAGAAGAGGAGUUGGUCACGAGUGUCAUGACUGUCUUACACUCAGAGCCCUCCACCUCAACCAAGGCAGCACGGGCAGCUCCUGCACAGACCCUGGAGUUCAACCCCUGUCUGGAUGAAGAUGAGGUGGUCCCCAGCACCUCCAUGGGUGCGGGAUUCCUGACGACCACUCAGGCAGCAUGGGCAGCUCCUGCCCAGACCUUGGAAGAAGAGGUCGGGGGAGCUGAUGUCUCUGAGGUGAGUACCAGCUCCCUGACCCCCACUGAGGCCAGGCAGGGCCUCCUGGGGAAGAUUCCCUCUCUCCUUCCGGGUGAGAUCCUCAUCGAGGAGGACAUCUCCUUUCGCAGCACUCCCAGGGACACCGUCAUGAGCCCCCAGACCCUGAAGCUUAUCCUCCAGGGCAUCAUGCGCCGACUGGAGGCCUCAGAGUUCCCCCUGGCCAUGAUGGCCAACAACCCCUUCAGGCUGAUGAAGAAUCUCUUUGUGGAGGUCCAGCAUGCCCUGAAGUAUGCUGACAUCUCUGUCCUCUUCAGCCUGGAGGAGAGCAUCCAAUUUAGGGGGAAGAUGCAAUGA